CCCUCCUGGCCCUGGUUUUCAUUGGCAUUACUGCCUUCUUUGUGUACAGGAGGGUUAAACAAUCCCGACAGCUGCAGCCUGCCGCUCCUCAGUACAGGUUUCGCAAGAGAGACAAAGUGAUGUUUUACGGCCGGAAGAUCAUGAGGAAGGUAACGGGGUGUGCUGGGUCUCCCCGUGGCAGCUCUUGUUGCAGAGGAGAACAUGGUGUGUGCCGUUUUCUGGUCCCCGCCAUGCCACGGGGGGCCCAGGCAGCACUGGGGCUGGUGGCCACAGCCCUGCCUGCUUGGCUCCAGGUUUGGGGGACACAGGAAUUCAUACUGAAUGGAAUCUACUUCCCUGUCUUACCCAACACCUCGGGGCCGGGAAGUGAGACCCAGGCUGCCUGUGGGGGUGGAGCCCUUGGUGAGGCCUCAGCCACACUGACCACACCCCGAGGUCGUUGACCCCCUCUGCAGGUCCGUCCACCAGCUUGGGAGCAGACAGUCUGAAGCUCCUUGAGGGCGUGUGCCCGGCCGGGAGCAGACGCUCAGGAAAUGUCUCUUGAUGGAGGACUGGGGGCAGCUGCUGAGGCUGAGGCCUGGUUGCGAGGGGCAGUGGGCCAGUGGCCCGGAACCCUUGAGAAUGCCUUGCCCAGCAUGGAAGAUGAGGCCUCCCUGCAGCUGUCCAAAGUAGAGGGACUCCCUGUUCCGAGCAGUUUGUCUUACCGAGAAAAGGGGGCUCAGAGCUCUUUCCUAGAAACAUCCCCAGAGAUGGAGACGUGUGGGCGCAAGGCACCCCUUGUCCUUGGGGCAUCCUGGUUUUGGCAGCUGCUAAGACUGGUGGUCUCUGCCGGUCUUGGGGCCUGGGCUGGUGAAGGAGUUGGGGUCUGUGGUGAGGGGCUGCGUUCCCUGAUAGUGUACGUGCCUGUCAUGCUGUGGCAGCACGUGGCGGGAGCAGCGGUUCUCCCAUUGCAGGGCCUGUAAAGAGACCAGCAGGUCCCCAGGCCCUACCUCAAAAGGGUCUCCUUCAGUUCCCAGUCGGGGCGCCAGGGUCUGCAUUUUAACAAGCGCUGUCCUGGGCUGUGACCUGGAAGGGAGACCUUCCUUUGUCUUCCCAGGAAGCACUGGAAUCAUUCAGACGUUCUACAGAAACCACUUGUACCCAUGCAUGUUAAAAUAGCCUUUAUUUGCUAUUUUUCUCUGGUUAUAAAAUUAAUUCUCCACCUUUGUGAAUAAUUUGCAAAAUUCGAAAAGAAGGUACGCGAACUCCUUCCAUGAGUCAGUGCUGAGUACUGUCAGAGAAGCCACCACGAGGGUCAAGUGUGCGGGCCUGAGGCCUUCUGGCCCGGGCUGGGAGCUGGGGUGCAUGGUGGGCACAGGGGCCCUGCGGUCCUGGGUGCGGCCCUGGCAUGCCCUCCUGGGCUGAGGUCUGCUGUGGGCGCCCUUGGUCAGGAGCCCAGUAAGGACUGCAGAGACAAGCGGGGACUCCCAGACCUGGAGGGCGGCAGGCCUCCCCGGGCCAGGGGUGAGGGGCUGCAUGCAGAGGCAGCAUUUGGCCCAGCCAGGGCGCCGGGCCCGCCGCUCUCCUGCCCCUGCUGUUCUGGGCUGGCGAGGCAGUGACUCUGGAGAAGGUGGUGAAGCGUGUUCUGAUGCCGACCUGGUGAUGCGGGGAGAAAGGUGACCACCCUCCCCAACACACUGGUUGGGGGCACGGCCGCACCCCGGCAGCGGGCAAGGAAGAGGACCAAAGUCCUGUCUUUGGCCAAAAGGAUUCUGCGCUUCAAGAAGGAGUCCCCCACCCUGCAGCCCAAGGAGCCCCCGCCCUCCCUGCUGGAAGCCGACCUGACUGAGUUCGAUGUUAAGAAUUCACACCUGCCCUCGGAGGUCCUGUAUAUGCUGAAGAACGUGCGGGUCCUGGGCCAUUUUGAAAAGCCGCUGUUCCUGGAACUUUGCAAACACAUGGUUUUUGUGCAGCUGCAUGAAGGGGAGUACAUCUUCCAGCCGGGGGAACUAGACAACAGCAUCUACGUGGUGCAGGAUGGGCGGCUGGAAGUCUGCAUCCAGGACGCCGACGGAACUGAAGUGGUGGUCAAGGAGGUCCUGGCCGGGGAUAGCGUGCACAGCCUCCUCAGCAUCUUGGACGUCAUCACGGGUCACCCCGCACCAUACAAGACCGUCUCCGCCCGCGCAGCUGCCCCAUCCACCAUCCUGCGGCUUCCAGCUCUGGCUUUUCAAGGUGUUUUUGAAAAAUACCCCGAAACCCUCGUGAGGGUGGUCCAGAUCAUCAUGGUGCGGCUGCAGAGAGUGACCUUCCUGGCUCUGCACAACUACCUGGGCCUGACCACUGAGCUCUUCAACCCCGAGAGCCAGGCCAUCCCGCUGGUGUCCGUGGCCAGCGUGGCCCCCGGAAAGGCCAAGAGACCGAUGUUCUGCGGCGCCGAGGAGCAGCUAGAGAAGCCUGGGAGGCUGCAGCCAACCCCUGACCUAGCAGAAGCAGAAGGCGGGGGGACUGACUCGACAGCCUCCGGACCCCCGUUGAAGAGGAGCCUCUCCUUCCCUCCCCCGUCUGUGCACGGAGAGACGGCAGGGAGCUCCGCAGGCGCCACGUCAGACCUGGAGAUGGCGUGUGACCGCGCCAGGGUCUUCCUGCCCUCCGACGAGCACGCCGGGAGCUCUGUGGCCAGCAAGUCCAAGAAAAGCGUGAUUGUUGCUGAGCUGCCUUCUGCAGUCUUCCACUACUCGGAGAGUCCCUCUGAUGAGGGCGCUGCCAGCAGGGAGACAGAUGCCAUCUUCAGAGCCGCCAAGACGGCUCUCCUCACCCUGAUGAAGCUGGAUGACGCCUCCCUGCUGGAUGGCCGGGUGACGCUUCUCCGUGUACCUGCGGGCACUGUCGUGUCAAGGCAGGGAGACCAGGACGUCAGCAUCCUCUUCGUGGUCUCGGGGCUGCUGCACGUGUACCAGCGCAAGAUCGACAGCCAGGAGGACACCUGCCUGUUUGUCACGCGUCCCGGGGAGAUGGUGGGCCAGCUGGCCGUGCUCACCGGCGAGCCCCUCAUCUUCACCAUCAAGGCCAACAAGGACUGCGGCUUCCUGUCCAUCUCCAAGGCGCAUUUCUACGAGAUCAUGCGGAAGCAGCCGGCUGUCGUCCUGGGCGUGGCACACACUGUGGUGACCCGCAUGUCCUCCUUCGUCAGACAGAUUGACUUUGCACUGGACUGGAUGGAGGUGGAGGCUGGGCGGGCCAUCUACAGGCAGGGGGACAAGUCAGAUUGUACGUACAUCGUCCUGAGCGGCCGGCUGCGCUCUGUGAUCCGGAAGGACGACGGGAAGAAGCGCCUGGCCGGGGAGUACGGCCGAGGAGACCUGGUGGGGGUGGUGGAGACACUAACACAUCAGGCCAGAGCCACCACGGUACACGCCGUGCGGGACUCAGAGCUGGCCACGCUGCCCACAGGAGCACUGACGUCCAUCAAACGCAGGUACCCGCAGGUUGUGACUCGGCUGAUCCGCCUCUUGGGUGAGAAGAUCUUGGGCAGCCUUCAGCAGGGCAGCACGACAGGCCACGUGCUCGGGCUGCAGGCUGCCAGCAGCAAGUGGGACUCGGGGAACCCCGCCAGCAACCUGUCCACAGUGGCCGUCCUGCCGGUGUCUGAGGACGUGCCCCUCACCGCCUUCGCCCUGGAGCUCAAGCACGCCCUCAGAGCCGUUGGCCCUGUCCUGCUGCUGACUAGUGAUGGCAUCAAGCAGCGCCUUGGCUCUGCCGCCCUGGACAGCAUUCACGAGUACCGCCUGUCCAGCUGGCUGGGGCAGCAGGAGGACAUCCACCGCAUCGUCCUCUACCAAGCGGACAGCUCGCUGACGCCCUGGACGCAGCGCUGCAUCCGCCAGGCCGACUGCAUCCUCAUCGUGGGCCUGGGCGAGCAGGAGCCCGCGGUGGGCGAGCUGGAGCGUAUGCUGGAGAGCACGGCCGUGCGCGCCCAGAAGCAGCUGGUCCUGCUGCACCGCGAGGAGGGGCCCGCACCCUCGCGCACCGUGGAGUGGCUCAACAUGCGCGGCUGGUGCUCCGGCCACCUGCACCUGCGCUGCCCGCGCCGCGUCUUCUCCCGGAGGGGCCUGCCCAAGCUGGUGGAGAUGUACGAGCGCGUCUUCCAGAGGCCCCCAGACCGGCACUCGGACUUCUCCCGCCUGGCGCGGGUACUGACGGGCAACGCCAUUGCCUUGGUGCUGGGGGGCGGGGGCGCCAGAGGCUGCGCCCAGGUAGGCAUCAUCAGGGCCCUGACGGAGUCUGGCAUCCCCGUGGACAUGGUUGGAGGGACGUCCAUCGGGGCUUUCAUGGGUGCCCUGUACGCCGAGGAGCGGAACUACAGCCAGAUGCGGAUCCGGGCCAAGCAGUGGGCUGAGGACAUGACUUCGGUGCUGAAGACAGCGCUGGACCUGACCUACCCCAUCACCUCCAUGUUCUCCGGCGCUGCCUUCAACAGCAGCGUCUGCGGCGUCUUCAAGGACCGGCAGAUCGAGGACCUGUGGCUCCCCUACUUCACCAUCACCACGGACAUCACGGCUUCUGCCAUGCGGGUGCACACGGACGGCUCCCUGUGGAGGUACGUGCGCGCCAGCAUGUCCCUGUCUGGCUACAUGCCCCCCCUCUGCGACCCCAAGGACGGACACCUGCUGAUGGACGGGGGCUACAUCAACAAUCUGCCAGCUGAUGUGGCCCGGUCCAUGGGGGCGAAGGUGGUGAUCGCCAUUGACGUGGGCAGCCAGGACGAGACGGACCUCACCAACUACGGGGACUCUUUGUCAGGCUGGUGGUUGCUCUGGAAGCGGUGGAACCCGCUGGCCGUGAAAGUCAAGGUGUUGAACAUGGCGGAGAUCCAGACGCGCCUGGCUUACGUGUGCUGCGUCAGGCAGCUGGAGAUGGUGAAGAAUAGCGAGUACUGCGAGUACCUGCGCCCCCCCAUCGACAGCUACGGCACCCUGGACUUCGGCAAAUUCGACGAGAUCUGUGAGGUGGGGUACCAGCAUGGGCGGACGGUGUUUGCCAUCUGGGGCCGCGGUGGCGUGCUGGAGAAGAUGCUGCAGGAUCGGCAGGCCAGCAAGGCCAAGACCUGUGACGUCCUCACCUGCCCCAAUGCCUCUUUCACGGACCUUGCUGAGAUCGUGUCACGAAUUGAGCCUGCCAAGGCGGCUGCAGUGGAUGUUCCUGGCAAGGCUCCAGCCUGUGGAGGGGACAAGACACUUUCCAUCUGCCCAGAUGAGUCUGACUACCAGACUGAGUACGAGGAGGAGCUGCUGGGUGGCCUCAAGGACACCUAUGCCGACUUCCAGACUGCGUCCCCCGAGGAGGACUCGGACUCAGACGACCAUCCCUCCCUGCGGCGGCGGCGGCGCCCCAGCCCGUCUUCCGCAAAGCCUUCCGGGGAUCUGGCCCUGGACGUGUAGAGGUCUCCGCGGCCGACGCGCGCCCGAGCCGGGGCCGCCCCUGCACCUCUCCCGAGGCCGGAGCCACAGAGGCGCGCGCUGUGUCCGUGUCCCUGGGCCCUUCUCGGCUCUGCGGCUCCCACUGGGGCGCCCAGGCCGCGGCCCCCCAGCGCACGGCAGCCCUGGAAAGCCCCUGGGGGCCCUGGAGCGUUAAUAAAGAUAAAUCUGACCCGG